AAAACAAACUGCACGCACCCAACCAGCUGUCGGCAAUGCCACGUCGGCUCGACGAACCGCUCGGCGUAGCUGCUCAGCGUUGCUAUGACGCCGACCCGAGGAGAUGCAGUAUCUGACGAGGCCGCCGAGGGUCUUAUCGUAGACCACGACGGUCGAAAGAGUAUCGGUCACGCAUCUCUCGCUCAGCCGCGGUCGCCAGCGACCGUGCAUGGGACCUUGGUCCUUGGGCUCACGGCGGUCGUCGUCAUGGCUCUCGCCGGCAUCUUGCUCGUCGUGUCGACAACGACGACGCAAGUGGCAGAGAAGCCGCAGCCCACCCGCCCUCCUGCGACUACGCUUCCUGCGUCGCACGCGCCAGGGUUCAAGCCAUGGGCUCCUCUAUCCGUGUCGUCGCCCAACGGCCGAAAACUGGCCUACAUGCUGUACGCGACAGACGACCUCCAAGCCUGCAACGCGCUCAUCGCGGCCAAGAAAGUCCGCGCACUUGGCACACCGACGUUCAUUGAUCUUGUCGUGCUGGUCACCGAAGACGUCUCGGCGCAGGCGUGCCAGGUGCUGACGGACGGCGGUGUCCGCCCGAUGAACGUUGCGCGCUGGCGGCGCAAGACAGGCGGAGACUACUACAAGGAUUCGCUCACAAAGUUGCGCAUCUUCCAAGAGCUCGGGUACGACCGCGUCAUCUACAUCGACACGGACACGGUCAUCAUGAAGAACCUCGACGCGCUCUUCCACCUGCCACAUGCUAUCUUUUGGGCGCCUCGGGCGUACUGGCUCGAGAAACUCCAGCCGUUCAUCACGUCCGUGCUGCUCGUAGUGGACCCAGACAAUGCGCGCUUUGAGCAGCUCGAGCGCGCGAUCGAGACGGAAACCGAGGUGCGCUUCGACAUGGACGUUCUCAACGUCGAGUGGCAGCACAUGGCCGGCAUCCUUCCGUCCGAGUACGUGGUGCUCACGACGCAUCUCAAGCACGACGUGGACAAGUACCUCUUUGGCUACAAGUCGCUCAUGGACCGUGUCAACCACACGUACAUUCACCAUUUCUCGUACUCGGACCAGUACAUCAAGCCGUGGACGAUGGACGUGGAUGCGAUCGAGCGCCAGCCGCACGUCCUUCCUCUUUUCUACGAUCUGUACGAAGAGUAUUGGGCACAGCGACGAGCCUUGUGCUCCUUUCUGUGAUAACACACUACUGUUAACCUCAUUUGGAUGUCUCCGAGGCUGUUUCUAGCUCUUGAUGUCGAUGGUCGCUUCAAGAUGAUCAAGCUAGCACUACUUGAACAAUGAUCGCUUAGUAGCUCU